AUGCGAGGAAGAGUCUUUAAGGAGCGUGCUCAUUAUUUUGCUGCCGUUGAGCAUUUCCUCUUCAGAAAAUGCCCCGGUACAGCACAGAAGCGUCGCUCUUUCGCGACGAGGACACCAGCACAACUCUCUGAAGAGAAAAUCAACGCCUUCCAGACCCUCAAGGAUGUCAUCGCUUCUGGAAGCGUCUGUACGUACCUCGAUCGAACAAAACACACGUACUAUGACCUGGAUGCAUUCCUAGAUGGCUUUGCGGCCUCGUUCGUCGUCCCGUUCGCCGUCGCCGUCGCACUUUUCGAUUUUCUGGGCUUUUGUCGUCUUACCGCUAGCAGCCAAGCUCCCAUGGCCAAGCAUUUGGCAAUCAACCGCAGAAAGUGGACAAGGGGAAAGGACAUGGUCCGAGAGACUUCCCCCUCAAAGAGUGGGAAUGUGAUGUUCAGCGACAUUAUGCCAAUCGAUAGUCGUGUCACCUCACGAGGAGGGACCCCGAUGAGUGUCUGCAUUGACCUAGAAACUGACGAAUACAUGAUCUGGGAGCCCGUAUAUGCGCCAACUCUCGCAUCUAGGAAGCUAGAACUUGAAAGAUUGAACUAUCGCUUCAUGGAUUGGGAACUUGCGCCCAUUCGCGGCGACGGGGCUGUAGGUGUCCAACUGUCGGCCUAUUUCAGAUGGUACACGACCACUGCCGAACGGAUCAACAGGGUCCAGCAAAUCUGGAUCAGGACUCUAGCGGAGAGGAUGUGGCCAUUUGAAACGCCCCAGGUCUUCUCCCGAGAACAACUUCAAAAUCGGGGAGUCUACAAGACGCCAUGCGAGAGUUCAAAAGAGCACACAGCCGACGCUAGAAGACAGCUGCUGAGAAAUCCUGAGGCGCAACGAAUUCUCCGUGCCGGACAAGAAUUGGCAGCGCAUCAGAGCGAAUACGACACAAAUAUGGCUCUGAUCAGAGAACGUAUUGCGAAAACUACGGAAUCCAACACGGGUGAUGAGGGCAGGGAAGCGGAGGACAGUGGCGACGAGGGCAGCCACAACAGUGGCGAGGAUGACGAUGGUGAGAAGGACAGCGGCGACAAUUAA